AUGUAUAGAUUGUGUUCGUAUAAAAUAUAUUUCCAUAUAAUCAGUGUAUUAAUAGUUUGUGGACAGGAAUUUGAUUCACAAAUUAGUGCAUCCAAUGCAUACAUUCAUAGGAGACCCAUAGGGUCUAACAAUAUACAACCCAUACAUAAGCAUCAACAGCAUAGGAAUCACAAUGUUGUGCUUAACAGAGGAACGGCAGCUCAUCCAACAAUUUCCAGUCGUCCAGAGUUUACCAGUGAAAGACCAAACAGGGAUAGAGAGUCACAUCAUUCACGAAGAGACACCAGACAUCUGACUCAUCCACAGUGGAGACAACAAAUGCCAUACAAUACCAAUGAUGACAAUAUAAAGUCAUUUAAUGAUAAACACCAAAUGUUAUCACAUAAUAGUUAUCAACAACACCAACAAAAACGAUCGCCAAUUCAUCAAAAACCACAGAGAAAACAAAAGCCAUCGCAAGUGGCUAAUCGUAAGACUUUCAAUGAUUACGAUUUUCAACUGCAAAAUACUCGCUAUCCAGAGAUAGUUGAAAAUGAGAGACAUCUAAGAAUUCAGCCACCAUUUAGUAGAGACGAAGAAUUUGGUCAAAAUCAUGGUAUUGAUAGUCUUGAAGAACAUAAUCUGAGACACUUUGUACCCAAUAGUGAUUAUCCGGAUGAAGAGCAUCAUAACAUACAACAAGACGACAACUUAGAUGUAGACAAUAUGAUCGCUAAUCCAGAGAUGCAUUUUAUGAACCAAAUACAGAAUAAUUUUAAUCAUCAAUAUAGACGACCAAAUGCUGAGAUUAUUGGUCACAACAAUGAAAGACCAGAAUCGAGUAAUUUGGGUUUGAAAACAGUUUUACCUAAAAAUAGAGAUAAAAAUCGUAUUGAAUCUAAUAUGCGAUCAUUUGAGGCCUUCUCGAGUGAUAUCAAUCACGAAGAAAAUGACAAACAGUUUCCAAAUUAUAAUCUUAAUGAACAACAAUUUGUUCCUUCAAAUCAUCAGAGUCUACCUGAAGAGCAAACUGAAGAGUAUUUUAAUUCACCGGAAACUGAUGAUCACAAUAAUGAUAAUCAAUACCAAACUAAUCACAAUUACUUUCCGCCGCUGAAUACCAAUGAAGAAGAGUCACAAAAAAUUCCAGCAAAAUAUCAGACAAAUAAAGAAAAUAAUUUACAUUUUUUUGGCGAUCGAUUCAAACAAUCAGAUCCAAAGAACUUCUAUAAUAAUCGACAGCACAAACAAAAUAAAGCUAAUCAACAAAAUAUUCAAAACUAUGGCCAACAAAAAACUACAACUUUUUCCAGAAGUUUCAACAAUCCAUACGAAUCGAUAAAUAGAAACCAUCAAUUCGUGCCGUUUUACGAAAAUUAUCAUAAUUUGCACUCAAAUAAUAUACAAAAGACAACAAAACGACCAAACAAUUUGAAAGGAAAGCCUAUUAAGAAAGAGAUUGCAAUCGUUAGAGAGAUUACCGAAAUUAUUCCGCAAAAUGCCGACAAUCAUCACCUGCUAAAUGACGACCAAUUUGAUGAUACCAUUUCCAUAGCUACUCCUUCACCACCUAAGUUGCCCAACAUUUUUAUGUCUUUCGAUGAAGAAAACGAUCAAAAACUUGUUCAACAACCAGAUCUGGGAAAAGACGAACACUUUUAUGACGACGAAGAAUAUAUGAUAUUAGAUUUUGCCAAAGAAGUYGAUUUAAGUGCCGAUGAAUUGGAAAAAUAUUUUGACAAAGAGUUUAUAGUGGAACAGGAAAAAAACGAAGACGGAACCAAUCAACAGGUUGUCUUCGAUGACGAACCAAAAGAGUCAAAUCAAGAAGUGUCCAAAAAAGAUACCGAAAAGACUAACGAAAAGAUUGAUGAAAAUAAUGACGAUAUGGAACUCGAGUACAAAUCAUCGGAUGAUUUCCACAAAAAUCACGAAAACUUUUUGCAAAAUAUUGAGAAAGAAAAUGAAAAAUUUCGACAAAGAACUGAUGACAAAUUGACAGAAACAGACAGCGAUGAGAUUGAAUUGGAUCAGACAAACAAUACUACAAAUGUUGAGUCCGAUGUCGAAAAAGAGUUGGACUCAAACAGCGAGAUAAAGGACAACAAUGAUAGCGAAGAAGACAAACAAAAGUCGGAUAAUAACAAUAACGACAGUAAUGAACAAAAUAAUAAUAACAAUGGUGUGAACGACAACGAUAACAAAGAUUCAAAGAGUGGUACCAAUGAUACAGAAGAUGACGAAGAAAGUGAAUCAAAACAAGUGUCAGAAAAAGAGGAAAUAAAAGAGGAAAAGACUGAAGAACUGAAAGAAGAAUCAAAAGAAGAACAUUCAGACGAUGAGAAAAAUAAUAACAAACAAAAUAGUGAACAAACAGAAGAAGACAAAGAAAAAAACGAUAAACAAAAUAUAGAUAACAAGGAAAAUGAAGAGACAACUAAUGAUGACAAAAGUGAUGACGAAAAAGUAGAUGAAGACAAAAGUGAUGAUAAGGAAGAUAAAGAGUUAUUAAAAGAAGAAUCAAAAGAGUCGAAAAAUGAGUUAAUAAAAUCAAAAAGAGGAGUCAAUGAAGAACAAGAGGACAACAGAGGACAAGAAUCGGUGGCUAAACAUACGGCUGAGAAAUUGAUUGGUGGAUCAAAUGGUGAUUUAAAUGAUAAGACAUUAGUUGAGAUGAAACCAAACAAAUUGAAUAAAACUCUAAGGAUAUCACAGAACCAUAACUUUGCGCCGGUUUUUAUCGAUCUGAAGCGUAUAAAUCCCAAUCUUAAGAUAACUACUGGCGUUAAAAAUGGUGAGACAGAGCACACCACUCAUUGGCCGACAACAUCUGCUACUGAUAUAAAAUCUGGGAUCAGCUCGCAGUCCGCAAUUGAUGAACACAAGGCUCAAUAUACUAUGAAUUCAGAGUCUAAACCGGCUAUAACUGGCAAAAAUCACACCACCACUGGUCUUAGUAAUAGUCAAUGA